AGAUUGUUCUCGAAGUGUUUAGAAAAGCAGAAUAAUUUGUGACGUUUUCUCUAGAAAGACAUAAAUUUGUGCUGUUAGCCAUAAAGCGCAAGCAAUGCAACAAAAAGAAGCUACUAAAAGAGAAGCAAAAAAGCUAAUAAAAAAGUGAAAAAUGUCUUUGUGGCACAUUCCUGUUCAUAAAUAUUUUGAAACCGAUCCAUUAUUUGAUGAUAUACUGGAGAUAACAUUUCCUCCUUUAAGAUAUUUUCCAUUAUUCAAUGUUGGAACAAAAGCUGUUUCAAAAAAGAAGAUUCCGAAAGAGAAUGGUUUUGUUGUAAAUCUUGAUGUCAAGCAUUACAAGCCAGAGGAAGUUACUCUCAAAGUAGAAGGUCAAGCUCUUGAAGUAAGUGGAAAGCAUCGUAACGAAAAUGAAAAUGGAUUUGAGUCUAGUGAGUUCCACAGGAAGUACACUCUUCCAGAUGAUGUAGAUGUGACAGCGCUUACGUCAAACAUCAGUCAAGAAGGCGUUUUGCAUAUAGAAGCUCCUAAAAAGCUUCUUGCAACUUCUGGAGAAUCAACAAAAGAGACUUUUAAAUGUACUUUAGAUGUACAAGGUUUCAAACCAGAAGAAAUUUCUAUUCAAGUAAGAGGCAGAGAUUUAGUUGUUCAUGGUGAAACAAAAGCGGAAAGCAGUGGUGAACAUGGUUCAAGUUUUCACCACAAGAAGUUUACUAAACACGUAGCUUUGCCAGAUGAUGUAGAUCCAUCUAAAUUAAGUUCUCGUUAUACGAAAGACUCUAAAUUAACAAUUGAAGCUCCGCGAAAGCAACUACAAGCUCCACUCAAACUUGAAAUCAAAAUGGAAGAAUAAAAUGGUGUCAGUUAUUCGUGUUGUUUGUAAAAACAUUUUUUUAAUACUACUAAAUGUUAAUGUUUACGCUAAAUGUCGUAUAUUUUAAAUGGCUUUUUUUAAAUUAUAAAUUUUUGUAUUAUUAGUUUAUUUAAAGAAAAAAGAAAAACUUAUUUAUUGAA